UAACUAGAAACCGCUCAUUCAUUCAUUUAAGAGAUCCAAAUAAAAAAAAUAAAAAAAGAGAAAGCAAAAACGAAAAACCAACAUGCAACUCAAAAGCAAAAGCAAAAAGAUCACACAGAGACACCUUCUUUCCAAUCACAGCAAAAAAGCAGAAGCACCCCAAAAGAAGCAUUCCAAAGCCAAUGCUGACCACACUAAGCAAAAACCUUAAAACAAAUAGCAGAACAAGAUCCCACAUAUAUACUCUUCACAUUCAUGUCUAACUACUCUUUUUCAUUCCUACUACUUUUGCUUUGGAGCUCAUACCAAUGUCUAAAGAGAUUAUUGUUUCAGAGCCAAUCAUUGAAGCUCAUCAUCAUCAUGAAAAGGAUAAACCAUCCACUUCAAGGUCUAUUACUGUUAGUUCUAAAAUUGGUGAUGAUGAUCAUGUUCCUGGGGAAUUUGACAGUGAAAGAGUGCCUCCAACUUUGGUUGCUGAUAUCCAGAGGUUUCUUCGCACUGCAAACUUGAUUGAGAGAAAAGAGCCUCGUAUCGCUUAUCUAUGUCGCUUUCAUGCCUUUGUAAUAGCACAUAACAAUGAUCGAAAUUCAAAUGGAAGGGGUGUUCGACAAUUCAAAACUGCUCUUCUUCAACGACUUGAACAGGAUGAAGUUUUUACACUUCGGAAAAGGAAAGAAAAGACUGAUAUACGAGAACUCAGACGCGUUUACUAUGCAUACAAGGAGUACAUUAAUAAGCAAAAUGGAAAAUUGGAUCCAGAAAAUAGAGAGAAGUUGAUAAAAGCAUUUACAAUUGCUUCUGUGUUGUUUGAAGUUCUAGAAACAGUAAUAGAUGCAGCUGGUCCUCAGGCUCUUGAUACUAGAGGCAGCAUACACACAAGACAUGAUUUCUUUGCACCUUAUAAUAUCCUACCACUUGAUCGUGGAGGUAUUCAGCCAGCAAUUAUGCAACAACCUGAGAUUAGAGUUGCAAUCGCCGCUAUUCAAAACAUUCGUGGUUUACCUUCAGCCCAAGAUUUUCAGAAACAUGGCGAUUUUAAAGAUUUGUUUGAUUUUCUUGAAUAUUGCUUUGGAUUUCAGGCAGGAAAUGUAGCCAACCAGAAGGAGCAUCUGGUUCUACUCCUUGCUAAUAUGCUCACUCGGCAAACGCAGAAGCAGGAAUCGAUCACAAGGUUAGGAGAUGCUGUGGUGGAUGAGCUAAUGAGGAAGUUCUUCAAAAAUUAUACAAACUGGUGCAAAUUUUUGGGAAGAAAAAGAAACAUCAGGUUGCCUUACGCAAAACAUGAAGCCCAACAAUAUAAACUUCUGUAUCUGGGGCUUUACCUUCUUAUAUGGGGGGAGGCUGCAAACUUGAGAUUCAUGCCAGAGUGUUUAUGUUACAUAUUUCACCAUAUGGCAUAUGAACUGCAUGGUAUGUUAACUGGCGCCAUUAGCGCGACAACAUGGGAGAAAGUCAUGCCAGCAUAUGGAGGAGGAUAUGAGUCUUUUCUUAACAAUGUAGUAUCCCCCAUUUACACGGUUAUAAAAGAGGAAGCUGAGAACAGCAAAAAUGGGACAGCAGACCAUUCCACAUGGAGAAACUAUGAUGAUAUCAAUGAGUAUUUCUGGUCCCCUGAUUGUUUCGAAAUAGGUUGGCCAAUGCACCUUGACCACAAUUUCUUCUGUGUACCGUCUCCGAAGAAACCAAGUGCAAAGAGUACUUCAGCAUCAACUAGUGCUCGAAAAAGAAAAAGAAACAAGAAGAAAAAGGAUGAAGAUCAUGAAGAUGAAGAACAAGGGGCUGCUCAAGUGGAAGAUCAUCAAGAAGAUAAAGAACUAGUGGCUACGAAAAAGGAAGAUAAACAUGAAGAGAAAUGGUUAGGGAAAACAAAUUUUGUAGAGAUGCGUUCAUUUUGGCAGCUUUUUAGGAGCUUUGACAGAAUGUGGUGUUUUUUUAUUCUAUCACUUCAGGCCAUGAUAAUAAUGGCGUGCUAUGAGUUGGAUUCUCCACUUCAACUAUUCGAUGCAGCAGUAUUUGAGGACAUUUUGAGCAUCUUCAUUACAUCUGCAAUCCUUAAACUCAUACAAGAAAUUCUUGACAUUGUCUUUACAUGGAAAGCCAGGCAGACAAUGAAACACUCUGAAAAGAUAAAACAAGCGGUGAAAUUGGUUGUUGCAGUGAUAUGGACAAUUGUUCUUCCUGUAUGCUAUGCUAACUCUAAAGGAAAAUAUACUUGUUACUCAUCUCAAAACAAAAGCUGGCUCGACGAAUGGUGUUUUACUUCCUAUAUGGUUGCAGUUGCAGUUUAUUUGAUGACUAAUGCAGUUGAGAUGGUGCUCUUUUUUGUUCCUGUAAUUAGCAAGUACAUUGAGCUAUCAAAUUACCGGAUAUUCACCAUUUUCUCAUGGACACAGCCAAGAUUAUACGUUGGACGUGGGAUCCAAGAAAGCCAGGUUUCAAUGUUGAAGUAUACGUUGUUUUGGAUACUAGUACUGUUGAGCAAAUUUACUUUCAGCUACUGUUUUGAGAUAAAACCACUCAUAGGACCAACAAAGCAGAUCAUGAAAAUUGGUGUGAAAAAGUAUGAUUGGCAUGAGCUUUUCCCGAAAGUCAAGAGUAAUGCUGGUGCACUUGUGGCUGUGUGGGCUCCUAUUAUAGUUGUAUAUUUUAUGGAUACCCAGAUAUGGUAUUCUGUUUUCUGUACCAUAUUUGGUGGAUUAUAUGGCAUUUUGCAUCACCUUGGUGAGAUUCGGACACUGGGAAUGUUGAGAAGUAGAUUCGACACUUUGCCUUCUGCAUUUGAAGUUUGCCUUGUCCCACCCUCAUUGAAAAAUGAGAGAAAGAGAAGAAAUGGUUUCUUUCUGAAUAGAUUUAAGAAGGACUUGGACAAGGACAAAAAUGGUGUUGCUAAUUUUGUACUAGUAUGGAACCAAAUUAUUGCUAGAUUUCGAUCAGAGGACUUGAUAAGCGAUAGGGAGGUGGAUUUAAUGACAAUACCUGUGUCAUCGGAAUUAUUUAGUGGCACCAUCCGUUGGCCAGUUUUCCUCCUAGCAAAUAAGUUAUCAACAGCAUUGAGCAUUGCGAGGGAUUUCAAGGGAAAGGAUCAACUUCUUUUCAGAAGAAUUAAAAAGGAUAAAUACAUGUACUAUGCUGUGAAGGAAUGCUAUGGUUUAAUGCAGUACAUCCUUGAAAUCCUCAUAGUACGUAAACAUGAAAAAAGUGUCAUAUCUAAAAUACUGGAGGCAAUUGAAGAUAGCAUCGGAAGUUCAAGUCUUCUUGAGCACAUCAGGAUGACUGGGCUACCAAAUCUACAAGCUAAAUUCAUUGAAUUGCUUGAACUCCUGGUUGAGGGAAAUGAAAACCAUCACUCUAAAGUUGUCAAAGUUCUACAAGAUAUAUUUGAGCUUGUAACGAAGGAUAUGCUAGUUAAUGAUUCCAGCAUAGAGGAAUUGCUCAACGAAGAGAAAGUAGAGGAUUUCCCUGAGUUUACUAGAAAAUUUAUUAAACCGCAACUAUUUGAAUCAACUGGUAACGAAAACCCUGCUAUCCAUUUUCCUUUGCCAGACAGCGGUGCACUAUAUGAAAAGAUCAAGCGUUUUCUCUUGUUGCUUACUGUGAAAGAUACUGCAAUGGAUAUCCCCGCAAACUUAGAAGCUAGAAGGCGCAUAUCAUUUUUUUCUACUUCUCUAUUCAUGAAUAUGCCUAGUGCUCCAAAAGUGCGCAACAUGCUGUCAUUCAGCGUUCUAACUCCACAUUAUGUGGAAGAUAUAAAUUUCUCAAUGGAGGAGCUUCAUUCAAGCCAGCAAGAGGUUUCCAUUAUAUUUUACAUGCAAAAGAUAUUCCCAGAUGAAUGGAAAAACUUUUUGGAAAGAAUGGAUUGUUCAAGUUUGCAAGGAUUAGAAGAAGAAGGCAAGAAGGAAGAAUUAAGAAAUUGGGCAUCUUACCGGGGCCAAACGCUUAGUAGAACAGUUAGAGGAAUGAUGUACUACAGAGAAGCCUUAAAAUUGCAAGCAUUCCUCGACUUGGCUGAAAAUGAUGAUAUUCUUGAAGGCUACGAUACAGCUGAAAAAGGGAACAGUUCAUUAUCUUCUCAGAUAGAAGCAUUAGCAGACUUGAAAUUCACAUAUGUCAUAUCUAGUCAACAGUUUGGAGCACAUAAAUCUUCUGGAGAUCUGAGAGAUCCGCAUGCAAGGGACAUAAUUGACUUGAUGACAAGGUAUCCAUCUCUUCGCGUUGCUUAUGUCGAGGAGAAAGAAGUGAUUGUAGGACACAAGACUCCAAAGGUUUAUUCUUCCGUAUUGGUUAAAGCUGUAAAUGGUUAUGAUCAGGAAAUAUAUCGGAUAAAACUUCCAGGUCCACCAAAUAUUGGAGAAGGAAAGCCUGAAAAUCAAAACCAUGCCAUAAUAUUUACUCGUGGCGAAGCUCUUCAAGCCAUUGAUAUGAACCAAGAUAAUUAUUUGGAGGAAGCAUUAAAAAUGAGAAAUCUUCUGCAAGAAUUUCUCCGAUGCCAAGGACGGCGGCCUCCUACUAUACUUGGUUUAAGGGAACAUAUAUUCACAGGAAGUGUUUCUUCUCUGGCACGGUUCAUGUCAUACCAAGAGACCAGCUUUGUCACCAUUGGUCAAAGGCUCCUUUCCAAACCUCUCAGGGUACGGUUCCAUUAUGGACAUCCAGAUGUAUUUGACAGGAUAUUUCACAUCACAAGAGGUGGAAUAAGCAAAGCUUCAAAAACAAUCAACCUGAGUGAGGAUGUUUUUGCCGGAUUCAAUUCUACUCUGCGUCGGGGGUGUAUUACAUACCAUGAAUACAUGCAAGUUGGCAAAGGUCGUGAUGUAGGUCUAAACCAGAUCUCAAAGUUUGAAGCCAAGGUAGCUAAUGGUAACAGUGAACAAACAAUAAGCCGUGACAUUUACCGCCUUGCACACCAGUUUGAUUUCUUCCGAAUGCUGUCUUGCUAUUUCACAACAAUAGGGUUUUACUUCAGUAGCCUGAUAGCAAUAAUUGGAAUCUAUGUAUUCCUCUACGGACAGUUAUACCUCGUUCUCAGCGGAUUGCAAAAGGCAUUAGUUCUUGAGGCUAGACUGCAAAACAUAAAGUCCUUGGAAACAGCUCUUGCAUCCCAAUCAUUUAUACAGCUUGGUCUCCUUACAGGCUUACCAAUGGUAAUGGAGAUUGGACUUGAGAAAGGUUUCCUUACUGCUCUAAAGGAUUUUGUCCUCAUGCAACUUCAGCUAGCUUCAGUUUUUUUCACUUUCUCCCUUGGGACAAAAAUUCAUUACUUUGGCAGAACAAUUCUACAUGGAGGUGCUAAAUAUAGGCCUACUGGCCGUAAAGUUGUGGUGUUUCAUGCCAGCUUCACCGAGAAUUACAGAUUGUAUUCGAGAAGCCAUUUUGUUAAAGGAUUUGAACUAUUGCUGCUGUUGAUUGUUUAUGAUAUGUUUAGGCAUUCAUACCAAAGCAGCAUGGCAUAUGUGUUGGUCACUUAUUCUAUUUGGUUCAUGUCAAUCACAUGGUUGUUUGCGCCGUUUCUAUUUAAUCCUUCUGGAUUCAGAUGGGGAAAGAUUGUAGAUGACUGGAAAGACUGGAACAAAUGGAUCAGGCAGCAGGGUGGUAUAGGAGUUCAACCGGACAAAAGUUGGCACUCUUGGUGGAUUGAGGAACAAGCUCAUCUUCGUCAUUCGGGACUAGGUUCUAGGUUGAUUGAAAUCCUCCUUUCUCUCCGGUUUUUCCUCUAUCAGUAUGGUCUGGUCUAUCACCUUGACAUCUCACAGCAAAGCAAAAAUGUUUUAGUCUAUCUGCUUUCAUGGAUUGUGAUUCUUGCAGUUUUCCUAUUAGUCAAGGCGGUGAACAUAGGAAGGCAACAGUUCAGUGCAGACUAUCACCUUGUAUUUAGGCUCCUCAAAGCGUUCCUCUUCAUUGGUGUCCUAGCAAUCAUAAUUACUCUUUCUUCUAUAUGCCAACUCUCAUUGAUGGACUUAAUAGUGUGCAUUCUUGCAUUUUUACCAACUGGGUGGGGUUUAAUAUUGGUUGCACAAACUGUGAGGCCCAAGAUAGAGGAUACUGGAUUGUGGGACUUUACAAGAGUGCUUGCUAAAGCAUAUGAUUAUGGAAUGGGAGUUGUUCUAUUUGCACCUAUCGCUGUUUUGGCCUGGCUUCCAAUUAUUGAAGCCUUCCAAACUCGGUUCCUAUUUAAUGAAGCUUUCAAUAGGCAUUUGCAAAUCCAACCAAUUCUUGCUGGGAAAAAAAAGCACAAGUAAUCAUUUUUUUUUUUUUUCCAAGUAUAUAGUAUCAGGUUGUACAGAAAUUUUUCUCACAUUCAUAAAAUGAUUUUGUAAUUCGUUGGACAUC